ACAAACCUCCUCGCACUCAUGGUCACUCUUUAUUUCGACUUUUUGGGGACUUUUUCAAGUUUAUUUUUGUUCCAUCUUUCUCCGUUUUUUUCAACGUCCAUUUUGACUCGACUCUAAUCAGCUGCUUCUUCCUUUUUUUUUUUUUACGUAUUUCUUAAAGUCUUCAUUGAACACACCACGGCUUUUAAAAUGUCACUUUAGGAUUAUUUCUUUCUUCUCUUUUUGUUAAUGCAAGCGUGCCGUCCUGGUCCUGCAAAACGACCCCAACUAUGGCGGCCAGCGACGCUCCUUCACCACAGAAGAUGAAGCAUGGAAGUCCUUCCUGGAGAACCCCUUGACAGCCGUCACCAAAGCCAUGAUGAGCAUCAACGGGGACGAGGACAGCGCUGCCGCUCUCGGCCUGCUCUACGACUACUACAAGGUGCCCCGGGAAAAAAGAACAAUAACCCAGGGGAAGCCAGAUGCUUUGGUCUCUGAUGUGGAUCCUAACAAAAGGCACACGCUUCAGUCAGCGCAUGGCAUCCCUACUCUUCCAGAAACCAGCAUGGAGAACAGAAUCCAAGUUCUAAAAGGGCCCUUCAACAUUCUCCAACUGGCUCAAGACAAGAGAAGCCAGUUCCCAUCCCCAGACACGACCGUCACCGUGUCCAUCGCCGCGCUACAGAACUACCAGCACAUAAAGACAGAGGUGCCCAUUCACAGUUUGGCCGUGCCCAGCAGCUGCGCCGAAAGCGACGGCCACGUGGGCGUCUUCGAUCGGCCGCCGCUGGCCCACAACUCGGUGCAGUUCAGCCCCGGCACGCAGUCCCGCACGCCCCCGGACUCCACCUUCUCGGAGAGUUUCAAGGACGGUUCCCAGGAGGUGUUUUCUUUCCCGGGUGACCUCCAGUUACGCAUGAGCUCCAUGACGCCUGAGGACUACACUCAGUUUGACACCGUGCCGGGGAAUAAUUUCGAGUACACCCUCGAAGCGUCCAAGUCUCUGCGUCAGAAGACGGGCGACGGGACCAUGACGUAUUUGAACAAGGGCCAGUUUUAUCCCAUCACUCUGCGUGAGAUUGACAACAAAGGCCUGCAGCAACCCAUCACCAAAGUCAGGAGUGUGGUGAUGGUGGUGUUCGGUGAGGAGAAGUGCAGAGACGACCAGCUGAAACAUUGGAAGUACUGGCACUCAAGACAACACACCGCUAAGCAGCGCUGCCUGGAUAUUGCUGACUACAAAGAGAGCUUCAACACCAUCGGCAACAUCGAAGAGAUUUCCUACAAUGCAAUUUCCUUCACCUGGGACACAAAUGAAGAGGCCAAAAUUUUCAUCUCAGUCAACUGCCUGAGCACGGAUUUCUCCUCUCAGAAAGGCGUGAAAGGGCUCCCCCUCAACCUUCAAAUCGACACGUACAGCUACAACAACCGCAGCAACAAGCCCAUCCACAGGGCCUACUGCCAAAUCAAGGUUUUCUGCGACAAAGGAGCCGAAAGGAAAAUCCGAGACGAGGAGAGGAAGCAGUCCCGCAGGAAAGGCAAGGUGGCCGACCUCAACCCGGGCCUGUCCUUCGUGGAUGUCAAAGUGCCCAUCCUGCAGAAACGCAACGAUGUGACCAUCUUUAAAAUGAUGAGCGAUCUGGAGACUCAGCCUGUUCUCUUCAUACCUGACAUCCACUUCUCCACAUUGCAGCGUCAUCCUUUCGCGGCGGAAGAUGGAGAAGACAGCUCCGGCAUGAAGAGGUUGCCCUUCAGCGAUGACGAGUUCGGCGCGCCGCCCAACAAGAUGGCCAGGGCAGAGGAACCUAAGAAAGUCCUUUUGUACGUACGCAAGGAAACUGAGGAGGUGUUCGAUGCCGUCAUGUUAAAGAAUCCUACACUGAAAGGCCUGGUGGACGCUAUUUCAGAAAAAUACGACUUGCCACUGGACAAGGUUGGAAAAGUGUAUAAAAAAUGCAAGAAAGGGAUUUUGGUCCACAUGGAUGAUAAUAUCAUCAAGCACUACUCCAAUGAAGACACCUUCCAGAUCUCCAUGGAGGAGAUGGGCGGCAUUUACAAGCUCACCCUCACCGAAAUCUGAUUGGACGCCGCAAGAGGAGGAGUAUAAAUAGUUUACACUAUGCAGUAAUGAUGGACUUGUAUCACCUUACAAGGCAUAACAAAAAAGAAGUGAUAUUUAAACAAGCCAUAUAGCUCUUAAAGUGCCACAUUUUUAAUGGAAUUCAAGGAAUGUCAGAAGGUUUUUUUCUUGUCUCGCGUGUGUUUUGUACAAAGCUUUGUGGUGCUGCUAUACCUCAGUCUUCUAUUGCAAAAAAAAGCAGCAGUGUUCUUCAAUAUCUUGGCAUAUUGUAAGGAGAACAGCUCAUCUAAAUCAAGCCAUAGCACUGAUGAUUACAACCGGUUAUGAUGAAAUAGUUACUGUAUAGCUCGCAAAAUGAGCGCUAGAUUUAACAGGGCGGAAGAAAAGCCCUUUGCGUUGAGAGUAUAAAUGCAAUAAAUAAGAAACGUGGCAGUAUUUAGCAUGUAAAAACUAUCAUUGUGAAAUUAGGAUAAGGAUACAUGUGUUUUAGAAGUAGAAAACUUGUUGUUUGAGAGUGAAAUGGCUAAACUGUCUGACCAAUUGAAGUCAUAGCAUCUUUAGUUAAAUAGAGGUUAACAUGCUUAAAGGGCAAGUUCAGAAUUUAUGACAUUAGGCUUAAUUUCGGAGGUCGCGGAGGUUUAAAGCAACACUUGGUAAUAUUUCAGUUUUGGUUAAUUUUAGCGACGGCGGAGGACAAAAGCGGUAGUGUUUUGCCUUAAAGCAACACUAGGUAACUUUUCAACUGUUAUAAAAUAUUUUCAUAUUAUGGUAAUAUGUCAACUGACAACUAGUUGAAUGACUUUUCUUUUAUAUAUUGACUAAGUGGGUCUGUAUCGCUUUUUACCAGUACUAAUUAACUUUGAGGAGGGUUGCAGGAACCCUAUCGUUCUAAAAAAACUACAAAUGUGCUGCCUGCUUUACGGCAUACGUCACUUCCCCCUUUCCGCAUUCAUUAUAAAGAUGGAAGUCUUUAUUUGUGCAAAUUCUGCAAAGAGGGCAGAGCAACAAAAGAGGCAAAAAGUAGGGUUGUUCCGAUCAUGUUUUUUUGCUCCCGAUCCGAUCCCGAUCAUUUUAGUUUGAGUAUCUGCCGAUCCCGAUAUUUCCCGAUCCGGUUGCUUUUUUUUGCUCCCGAUUCAAUUCCAAUCAUUCCCGAUAAUUUUUCCCGAUCAUAUACAUUUUGGCAAUGCAUUAAGAAAAAAAUGAAUAAAACUUGGACGAAUAUAGACAUUCAAUAUACAGUACAUAAGUACUGUAUUUGUUUAUUAUGACAAUAAAUCCUCAAGAUGGCAUUUACAUUAUUAACAUUCUUUCUGUGAGAGGUAUCCACGGAUAGAAAGACUUGUAAUUUAAGGAUAAAUGUGACUUUGUAUAUUGUGACUAAAUAUUGCCAUCUAGUGUAUUUGUUGAGCUUUCAGUAAAUGAUACUGUAGCCAUCUGUUCUGCCCAAAUGCAUGAUGGGAAGUGCACUCAUGACUGUGCGUAGUGGUACCAAUUGAUAUAUCUUCUCUGCGUUUGGAAAUAACAUAGGGUGUUAAGAAAAAUAUCAAUUACUACCUUUCUUCCCCACAUUGCUUCCCAGGAUGUUUCUAAUUGUAGGGAGAGGGAUUGUAAGGCUUUAGCCAACUAAAAAAAGGCUCCAAAGGCUGCCAAAAUUCACUCUACUCAUUUUACGCUGCCUUUUAGCUCUAUAUAUAGGUAAAACGGCGCCAUUACAGAUUGAAUGCGACAAUGCGUGAGUGGGCCGUGCAGCGCAUGCAUUAAUUGCGUUAAAUAUUUAAACAUGAUACUUUAAAAAAAUAAAAUAAAAUAGUUACCGCCGUUAACGGGAUAAACCCAUGGCAGUGUAUCAAAUACUUGUUCUCCCCACUGUAUAUAUUAAAAAAAGGCAUGUCUGAUAUUUUUUUGCCGAUUCCGAUACUUUGAAAAUGACGUGAUCGACAUCUCUAGCAAAAAGUUUUGUCUCAGGAGAAAACAAAGGGAGGCGACCAAAUACCGUAAUUUUCAGACUAAAAGCCUGUACUUUUUUCCUUCAUUUUGAAUCCUGCAGCUUAUUUGUUGAUUUAUUUGGGUUAAUAGGCAACACAUGCCUCCUAGUAUGCAUUGAAUGCUACAGAUGUAAAUAACAAUCAAAAUUCAUACUCUGUGCUAAUUAUUUAUUUAGUUAAUGUUCCAGUUGUUUCAUUAAUUGCUUGUUAUGGUAUUUGGUAACACUUUAUUUGACAGUGGCGUCAUACAUAAGACUGUCAUAACUGUCAUAUUUAUGACAUGACACUAUCAUGGGCAUUAAUGAAGGCAUAUCAUUAAUGUCAUCCAGCAAAUUGUGUUACUAACUCCAUUUAUGACCAGUUUGGAUCUUUUGCAUCCAUUCAAAAGUGAGAUAAUUUGCCAGGUAACACCAGCAUGCACUUUUAAAUUUCGUCUUCAGAAUUAGUCGUUAGCAGUGAGUGACACGACCAAACACUGCUAAGAUGCGUGCUAACUACACAUACAAUAAGAAAAUCGCACACAUUGUGAACUUAUGACAGAAACUACGGUGAAUUUUUCAUCUCAUUCUCGUCCCGUCAGACUACAACUAGCAUCCAUCUCGUUAUGUUUUAGUCUCCCAAGACAAGUUUUUAGCUCAUCCUCAACACGUAAAAAUUGUUCAUAAGCAAAGUAUUUUUGUUGUGUCGACGAAAACAACACUGCUAACUACACAUAAAUGUCACACAUUGUGAUUGUGAUGGAAAAAAUGGCGAAUUUUCAUCUUGUUUUUGUCUGGUUAUGUCUCCCAAGACAUGUUUUAAGCUUGUUAUCGUCGAGUUGUUCUCAUGAAAAAAUUAUUCAUUGCAGAAAAUGUUCGUUAAAAUUCCUAUGGGUAUUUGGAACAAUGAUCUGCAUUUUGAGGUUUUUUUGACUGUUGGAUCUGUUAGUAUUGGUUUUUUUUUUUGUAUUGGCAUGCUAGCAAGCACCAUUGACUCAUGCUAGCUUAGCCACUCCAAAGCCCUGAAACUAAAAAAUAGCUAACAAACUGCACGGAAUUUGUCAAAAUCAACUCCACGAACUAAUUAAACCCCCGCUAACUUGAAGGUUAAGCCUCAUGUAAAAAAAUCUGAACUUUCACCUUUAAUUUCCGAGGUAGCGGGGGUUUAAUUAGUCGGUGGAGUUGGUGUCAACAAAUUCCGUCAAGUUUGAUUUUUGUUUGUUGCGGGGGUCCGGAGUGGCUAAGCUAGCGCGAGUCAGUGGUGCUUGCUAACAUGCUGUGUUGUUUUUUGCAAUCAUUUUAAUUUUCAACUUGAGAAUUAGUCGGCUUAGCAGUGUCAAACGCUGUUAAGAUGCGUGCUAACUACACAUACGAUAAGAAAAUCGCACACAUUGUGAACAUAUGACAGAAACAAAAGUGACUAGCAUCCAUCCAGUUAUGUUUUAGCUCAUUACUGUCACGUAAAACUUAUUCAUUGACAAAUUUUUUUUUUUUUUUUUUUUGACGAAAACAACACUGCUAAAUACACAUAAAUGUCACACAUUGUAAAUGUGAUGGAAAAGAUGGCGCAUUUUCUUCUCGUUAUGUUUUAGUCAACCGAGACAUGUUUUUAGCUCGUUAUAGUCUUGUUGUUUUCAUGAAAAAAAAAAAAAAGUUAUUUGUCGAAAUUUCUCGUUAAAAGUCGUAUGGGUAUUUGAAACAAUGAUCUGCAUUUUGAAUUUAUUUGACGUAUGUUAGAUCUGGUAAUAUUGUUUUUUAUUGGCAUGCUAGCAAGCACCAUUGACUCAUGCUAGCUUAGCCACUCCAAAGCCCUGAAACUAAAAAAUAGCUAACAAACUGCACAGAAUUUGUCGAAAUCAAAUCCACGAACUAAUUAAACCCCCGCUAACUUGAAGGUUAAGCCUCAUGUAAAAAAAUCUGAACUUUCACCUUUAAUUUCCGAGGUAGCGGGGGUUUAAUUAGUCGGUGGAGUUGGUGUCAACAAAUUCCGUCAAGUUUGAUUUUUGUUUGUUGCAGGGGUCCGGAGUGGCUAAGCUAGCGCGAGUCAGUGGUGUUUGCGAACAUGCUGUGUUGUUUUUUGCAAUCAUUUUAAUUUUCAACUUGAGAAUUAGUCGUCUUAGCAGUGUCAAACACUGUUAAGAUGCGUGCUAACUACACAUACGAUAAGAAAAUCGCACACAUUGUGAACUUAUGACAGAAACAAAAGUGACUAGCAUCCAUCCAGUUAUGUUUUAGCUCAUUAGUGUCACGUAAAAAUUGUUCAUUGACGAAAUAUUUUUAUUUUUGUAGACGAAAACAACACUGCUAACUACACAUAAAUGUCACACAUUGUGAAUGUGAUGGAAAAGAUGGCGCAUUUUCUUCUCGUUAUGUUUUAGUCAACCGAGACAUGUUUUUAGCUCGUUAUAGUCUUGUUGUUUUCAUGAAAAAAAAUGUUAUUUGUCGAAAUUUCUCGUUAAAAGUCAUAUGGGUAUUUGGAACAAUGAUCUGCAUUUUGAAUUUAUUUGACUAUGUUAGAUCUGUUAAUAUUGUUUUUUAUUGGCAUGCUAGCAAGCACCAUUGACUCAUGCUAGUUUAGCCACUCCAAAGCCCUGAAACUAAAAAAUAGCUAACAAACUGCACAGAAUUUGUCGAAAUCAACUCCACCGAUGAAUGAAACUUGAAAAUUAAGCCUAAUUUUGAAAAAUUCUGAGCUUCCUCUUUAAGAAUGACAUAAAGAACACUAACUCAUCUAGUUAAGUGCCUAUGAUAUACUGAAAGUGCAAUAUCAUAUUUGGAGUCAGGAAAAAAAAAAAAACAGCAUGAAAAAUUGUACAUAUUCUUUCAAAAACAUGCUUUUUGGUUCUCUUUGUAUUGCAGUACUUACGUGUGUAUAUAUUUAUUAUUAAGAGAAUGGUUGUGGGUUUUUUUUCUUCUGCUUUAUAAAUAUAUUCAGAUGUCUAUCACGCCUAAUAUAAUGUUUUUUAUGGUUACAUCAAGUGUCAAGGGACAAGAAGUUUUUUCAUUUUAAUAAAGUUUUUGUUUUUGUAAAGAUUGUAUUGCACAACGUGCGCAAUAAA